AUGGAGGCAUACCACUCCGCUGUUAUGCAAGAAGCUAGAAGCUUCAAUCGGAUCAAGUUCAUUCAAUUGCCGAGGGAGCGUAAUGAAGAUGCCGAUCGGUUAACCUGUAGUGCGUCAAGUUCAGGUGAAACAUUGGCAAGGGUAAUUCCAAUCGGGGUGCUAUGCCAGCUAUCUAUCCUUGAGGAACCGUCAAGUUCGGACCCAUGGCAGGUGAAUGCUAUACCAUGUGAACCGAGUUGGAUAGAUCCAAUUAUUACGUAUAUACAGGAUGGUAUUUUGCCAAAACAGAGGGAUGAAGCAAGAAUGAUCAGAUCGAAUGCUGCAAAGUAUGCCAUAAUGCACAACCAACUUUACAGGAGGUCUUAUUUAGGACCAUACUUAAAAUGUGAAACCCCUGCAGAAGCUCAGCAGAUAUUGCGGACUAUCGAUGAAGGGGUUUGUGGCAAUCAUUCAGGGGGAAGGUCUCUAACACAUAAGGCGAUGACACAGGGUUACUUCUGGCCGAAUAUGGUACGAGACGCAGAGGAAUUUUCGCAAAGUUGCGAUAAGUGUCAAAGGUUUGGACCACUGAUCUACCAACCACCAGAAGAUUUGCACGUAAUGGCCAAACCAUGGCCUUUCGCGUAA